CCACGGUCUCUGGCAAAGGGAGCAAGGGUAAGGUAGGGUAUCGCAAAGACCGGAAGCCGAGUGGCUUUUCUUUGGGUUCCGUCAUGUCUGAUAUUAGGCGUGAUAGUCCUCGGUUGGGAAGCUGAGAAAGUUCUCGUUCUUCCUUUCUAUUUUCUCAAUUCUUUCUGGUCGUUGUUGUGUUGCUGUGCUGUUUCACUCAAGCGAGUUCAUUGAUCGUAAAGAUGGCCGCCCGCGAAGGAGAGGAGAACGUUGGCACGUUCUUUGGUGAUAUCCACUACUUCUACGGUCCUCCGACGAAUAACCCACCUCAUCACAGGUUUGACAAGGGCUCAUAUGUCUACCUAUUCGAAGAUGCCAACUAUGGACGCGCACGGCUGGAGGUUGCGAACCAGCCUGGGAGGGAGGACCAAGAUGCUUUCGACGGCUACCUCGACAGAACCCAUCUCGAGUACGAUUACAACCACACCUGCCUUGUGACUUUGACGGUUGGCGAGGUCGAUGGUCACGAAGAGUGGCAUCUGCCAACAUACGACCCUCAUAACCAGGCCAAGUACCACUACAAGCUUCACUCGCUCGACAUCUACUUCCACAACCAACAAGAUGCCCUGCAGUUUGUCAAUGGCAUCCGGCGUGUGCUCCCUCCUCACCAGUGCGAUGUUCACAACGAGCCAGGACCACCUCCUCGACACGACACCGAGGUCAGCGCGGUAGUCCAGCAACUCGAAAGGGCGGCAAUCGGUGACCACGGUACACCCCCGACUACUCUAUCACAGCCUCCGCAAGUUGGCGGAAUACCGUCUUUUUCUCCGCCGCCCAUGUCCGCAGUAUCUGCUUCCUACAAUCAUUCGACACCAUCGCCUCAAGCAUUCGUUCCCAUGGCCUAUAACCCGGCCGCGCCACCUGCUGCCGAACCAGUACGAUAUCGCGAGAAGACGCCUCCCCCAGAGGAUGCCGCGGUGAACCCUCUGCACCAGACUCUGGCUUACGAUGCGACCACGCCCUUCUCACCAGGCCUGCCUCCUCCCAGCGGUCGCGGACCCUUGAGCCCGGGCAUUCCUCCGCCAAACCUCCAGCACCCACCCGGAGCUCCGACUUUUGCCGCCCCUCCACAACACAGCGUAACCUCACCCGGCUUCGCGCCCCAGGGAUUCGGCGCGCUUGGAGGCGGCUACCCGACAGGUCUCAGCCAACCGCCCGUACACCCCGGCGUACAAAGAUCUAUCACCAUGCCCGCUGGGCUCCCCAGUCCCGGUCUUGCCAGCCCUGGGUUUGCUAGCCCGUAUGGUCAAGGAUACCCAGCCCAACCUGCUUCGGUCGCUGCGGUAGGCGGCUACGGAGCUGUUCCCCCUACCCCCACGCCACCUGGUGCUGGAUACGGGGCUGCGCCGUCGCCGAUACCGCCGUCGAUGCAGCAAGGGGCAGGCUAUGGGCAGAAUGUCGCUGGACAGUCGGAGUAUUCGGUCCACCAUCAGUUGUAUGUGCCGGAGCAGAAGAAGGGUAGGCUGGAAGAGGGUGCGGGCAAGUUGGAGAGGGGUGUGACGGGGAUGUUGAAGAAGUUUGAGAAGAAGUUUGGUUGAGAGGGGGGCGUUAUUGGAUGAGGCGUGUUUGGGGACUUUAUUAGCGGUUAGGUGUUUUUGGUAUACCAAUUGAGAACAAUUUCUACAUCUCAUCAGUGCGAAACGUCACAUACUCAGAUAAUUGUCAAUGUGAUCGGAUGAAAGAGUAUUGACAGUGG